CUCCGCCGAGCCGCUGCGCUCCAGGCUCCCGGCGGCGGCGGAGGAAGUUUCCGCUCUGCUCUCCACCCCGGUAGCAGCUUCGGGGCCGGGGACAGCUUCCUCCGGACGCUCCGCGGGCUUCGCUGCCGCCCCACGGCGGUCCGACGGGAUCAUGGGGUUGUCAAAGGGGCCGGAAGGCCAGGGUCUCCCGGAGGUAGAAACAAGAGAAGAUGAAGAGCAGAAUGUCAAGUUGACUGAAAUUCUGGAGCUCUUGGUUGCAGCUGGGUAUUUCAGGGCAAGAAUUAAGGGCUUAUCACCUUUUGACAAGGUGGUGGGAGGAAUGACCUGGUGCAUCACCACUUGCAACUUUGACGUGGAUGUUGAUUUACUCUUUCAGGAGAACUCUACAAUAGGUCAGAAAAUAGCUCUGUCAGAAAAAAUUGUCUCCGUCCUGCCAAGAAUGAAAUGUCCACACCAGCUGGAGCCCCACCAGAUCCAGGGGAUGGACUUUAUUCACAUAUUUCCUGUUGUCCAGUGGCUGGUGAAGCGAGCCAUAGAAACAAAAGAAGAGAUGGGGGACUACAUCCGCUCCUACUCCAUAUCCCAGUUCCAGAAAACCUACAGUCUGCCUGAGGAUGAUGACUUCAUCAAGAGGAAAGAAAAGGCCAUCAGGACAGUCGUUGACCUCUCUGAUGCUUACAAACCUCGUCGGAAAUACAAACGCCAGCAGGGGGCAGAGGAGCUACUGGAUGAAGAGUCUCGGAUCCACGCCACGCUUUUGGAAUACGGCCGGAGAUAUGGAUUUAGCCGCCAGAGCAAAACAGAGAAGGCUGAGGAUAAGAAAACGGCACUUCCGACAGGGCUGUUGACUGCAGAAAAAGCUGAUGCCCACGAGGAGGAAGAGCUUCAAGCUGCUGAAGAGCAGCGUAUCCAGUCCCUGAUGACCACGAUGACCGCCAUGGCACAUGAGGAGAGCCGGCUGACCGCAAGCUCCGUGGGCCAGAUCGUGGGCCUAUGCUCUGCCGAGAUCAAGCAGAUCGUGUCUGAGUAUGCAGAGAAGCAGUCUGAACUGUCAGCUGAAGAAAGUCCAGAAAAGUUAGGAACCUCCCAACUACAUCGGCGAAAAGUCAUUUCCUUGAACAAGCAGAUUCUGCAGAAGACCAAACAACUGGAAGAGCUACAGGCAAGUCGUACUGACCUACAAGCCAAAUAUGAAGGAAAAAAGAAAACCCUGACUGAGCUCAAGGGUCACAGCGAGAAACUGGACGAAGAGCAGUCAGCCCUCGAGAAGAUAGAGGCCAGAGCCGAUCCGAGCAUCCUGCAGAACCUGAGAGCCCUUGUAGCCAUGAAUGAGAGCCUGAAAAGCCAGGAGCAGGAGUUUAAGGCACACUGUCGUGAGGAGAUGGCACGGCUGCAACAGGAAAUCGAAAGCCUGAAGGCUGAGAGGGCGCCAGGCAGAGAUGAAAAGACCCUGUCUGGGGGAGAAUCACAUGGUACCUUAACCUCUGCGAUGACGCACAAUGAAGACCUAGACAGACGGUAUAACAUGGAGAAAGAGAAACUUUACAAGAUCCGUCUACUACAGGCUCGAAGAAAUCGAGAAAUAGCAAUUUUGCAUCGCAAGAUUGAUGAAGUGCCCAGCCGAGCCGAGCUAAUACAGUAUCAGAAGAGAUUUAUUGAACUCUACCGUCAGAUUUCGGCAGUGCACAAAGAAACCAAGCAGUUCUUCACUUUAUAUAACACCCUGGACGACAAAAAGGUUUAUCUGGAGAAAGAGAUCAGCCUGCUGAACUCCAUCCAUGAGAACUUCUCACAAGCCAUGGCCUCCCCUGCUUCCCGGGACCAGUUUUUACGUCAGAUGGAACAGAUCGUAGAAGGAAUUAAGCAAAGUCGAAUGAAGAUGGAGAAGAAGAAGCAAGAGAACAAGAUGAGAAGAGACCAACUGAACGACCAGUACUUGGAAUUGUUAGAAAAGCAGAGGCUGUACUUUAAGACUGUGAAAGAGUUCAAGGAGGAAGGCCGCAAGAACGAGAUGUUGCUAUCCAAGGUGAAAGCCAAGGCCUCUUGAACAUUCCCAGACAGCAUCGCACGUCAUUGAUGUCUUCAUCUAAAUGCCAUGUAUCAGCUCCAAGAUGGUGAAAUGGUUCCGGACACUGCAGCAGAGAUGUAGGUGUGAUGAUCUCAACACAGGAUAUUUCCUUCCUCCUGUUUGCUCACAUUUCAUCUCCAUGGUGGUUGUUGUCCAUGGGGUCAGACGGUGCAGACAUUGUGGCUUGGAUAACACCCAUCCUCCAGUGAAGAAAUGUGGGCAGUGCUUGUUCUCUGUGUCGAUUCUACUUUUAUUUCUCCAGUAACGUUGCACAUAUGAAGGUACCUGUAUUUGAAUGGACUCUGAAUAAAGAGGAAUUCAUUUGUUCAGUAAUGUUAA